GCUUUCAAAACAGCCAUGUAAUAUGUGCUUCCUAAUUCUUAUAGGCAAAUGGGAUAUUAUUAAGAGAUUUACUGAGGCCUACCAUCAUACUCAUGAUAUUUACAAAGAUAUAUUAGAUGGUAAAUUAUAUCAAUCGCAGAGUACUGAAGUACGAAGAGAUGGUCAUUUCCCAAUCACUCUUUAUUGGCAUGUUGAUGGAGCACCCGCGUUUAGAUCGAACAGCGCCUCUAUCUGGCCUAUUCAGAGCUUUGUUGUCGAGCUUCCACCACCAUUGCGAUAUUCUUUCAAGAACAUUAUAAUGUCCGGUAUUUGGUAUGGAAAACGAAAACCGAAUAUGGAGGUCUUUCAACAGAAAUUCGUUGAAGAAAUGAUUCAUUUAGGCUCUGGCCUGACAAUUUCUAUUGGUGAUCUUGAAUCAAAGUUUAAACUAGUCGUAAAUGGGCAAGUUGCUGAUUUAGUCGCAAAAGCCCCCUCUGUUAAUUUUAUCCAGUUCAAUGGAAAGUUUGGCUGCUGUUCUUGUCUCCAUCCAGGGCAAAAAAUGGUUGGCCCUGGUAAUAAACGUGUUUAUCCUUAUACGAGCACGCCAUUUCCACGCCGCACACACGAAGAUACAGUAGCUUACGCACAAAUAGCUGAGGAGACAGGAGAAACAGUUUUUGGAGUAAAAGGGCGGUCGAAUGUGCAUUCAAUUCUCAAGAUUCCAGAUAUGUUAACUUUUGAUUACAUGCAUCAGGUCCUUGAAGGAGAAUUCACACGACGCAUGACAAAGUGGCUAUCCGGAUCGUGUCCAAGUCGUGUCAACCUCAAACGUACCAUCGCAGCUUUGAGUGAACGCCUUCAAAGUAUUAACUUACCCCAUGAUUUUAAGCGAAAGUUUAGAUCAUUUGAAGAAUUUAGAAGAUGGAAAGCUAGUGAAAAGCAGGCCUUUUUCCUCCACGCUAGCCUUCCAAUUUUGAAAGAUAUUCUGCCAUCGGAGGUCUUUUUCCAUUUCUCGCUGUUGGUCACUGGCGUUCGGAUGUUAUGUGAAUAUAACAUUACUGAGGACAUGAUCUCAGUUGCUGGGGCUAUGCUCGACAGUUACACAAGGUUGCUUCCGAAACUGUAUGAUAUUUCAGAAGCUACUUUCAACUCGCAUUCCCUAACUCACCUUGCCGAACAAGUUAGAGAUCAUGGGCCUUUAAUCCUUCAUUCUGCUUUUGUGUUUGAAUCAAUGCUUGCGCAUCUUAAAAGGCUGUUUCAUGGUACACGGGGAGUUCCAGAUCAGAUAUGUAAAAAGCUGGCUGUGGCACAGCACGUGGAGCACAAAGUUACCAAUUCCCUUAAAGGCAACGCUCAUGCUAGAGAGUUUGCAGACAAACUAUUGAGACCUGACCUAUUAAAUGACACAAUAGAACUUUUGAAUAACGUUCAUUUCUUUAAGCCUUUUAAACCGUUGGAAUUAACUCAAGAAAACAUCGAAAAGUUUCCACACAAUACGGAAAACAUGUUUGUAGCGCAAAGAAUGAAAAAGAAUGGAGAAGUGUAUCACAGCACCAGUUAUGUUCGAAAGAAGAAAUCAGUAAGUUUUCUUGUUAAAAUUAAAGAAGCUGACGAGUAUUUUGGAGAAGUAAAAUUUUUCGUCAAGAAGGAGAACACUGGUUUCGCAGUAAUUAGGGUUUAUCAUAGUUUAAAUUACAACGUGUGUCAAGAAGGUUUACCCCAGCCAACAGAUCCAGUCCUGAGAGAGUUUUUGCAUUCAGGUCAUCUUGGUUCUCACUUCAUUGCUGUCGAGAAGACAAACCUGGUGAAGUUUGUAAAUUGCUCAUCCUUUAUUGGUAAGAUAAUUUUGGUGGAAAGACAAAACGAUAGUUCCUUUGGUUUUGUUUCCCCAGUUCUCAAGUGUUAUCAGCAUGACUAAUUGAAACUGUUGGCAAUUUUAAAAAUCUUUAAAAUUAUGAACCUUUAAAAAAUUUUGUAAGAAUAUGGUAAGAUCUUAAAGA